AAUCCAGGAUGGCGGCGGCCGUGGUCGGAGUCUCCUUGAGGCGCCGCAUCCCCGGGCCGGUGCUGAGGGCGGCCGCGCUGCAGGUCUGCCGUGGGGCACAGACAGCAGCUGCCGCAGCUUCCGCUCCCCAGACAGAGCCACGGAUCAAGAAAUUUGCUAUCUACAGAUGGGAUCCGGACAAGCAUGAGGACAAGCCCCACAUGCAGACCUAUGAGAUUGACUUGAAUAAGUGUGGGCCUAUGGUGCUUGAUGCUCUGAUCAAGAUAAAAAAUGAGAUGGACGCCACCUUGACCUUCCGUAGGUCAUGUAGGGAAGGUAUCUGUGGCUCGUGUGCUAUGAACAUCAGUGGUGGCAACACCUUGGCCUGUACUAAAAGAAUCGACACCAACCUCGACAAAGUCACUAAAAUCUACCCUCUGCCACACAUGUACGUGGUGAAGGAUCUUGUUCCAGACUUGAGCAACUUCUAUGCACAAUACAAAUCCAUUGAGCCUUACCUGAAGAAGAAGGAUGAAUCCCAGCAGGGUAAAGAGCAGUACCUGCAGUCCAUAGAAGAUCGCCAGAACUUGGAUGGGCUGUAUGAGUGUAUUCUGUGCGCCUGCUGCAGUACCAGCUGUCCCAGUUACUGGUGGAACGGAGACAAAUACCUGGGCCCUGCAGUACUGAUGCAGGCAUAUCGGUGGAUGAUCGAUUCCAGAGACGACUACAGAGAAGAGCGGCUGGCACAGCUUCAGGACCCAUUUUCCCUCUACCGCUGCCAUACAAUCAUGAACUGCACAAAGUCCUGCCCCAAGGGUUUGAACCCUGGAAAAGCAAUUGCUGAGAUCAAGAAAAUGAUGUAAACUUCAAAAGAGAAGGCAGCCAGCGCAUGAUGCCAUUGCCCAGUCAAGGCUCUAACACGCACAUGCCAUACCGAAAUGUAAUUUAUAUCUGAAAUCAGAGAACACAGUUCCCACAGGGCUUGUUUUUUUCUAUUGCUGUGCACGUACAAUAAAUGUUAUCAAGAACAA